AUGGCUUCUAUUGAGCCUCUCGUCCAAAGGCUGUCUUCUUUCUCACACAUUAAACAACUCCAAGCUCAUCUGAUUACCACAGGACACUUCGGAUUCUUACCUUCUCGUUCUAAACUUAUCGAACUUUGCGCAAUUUCUCCAUUCGGAAACUUGCAUUACGCCACAGAAAUCUUCUGUCAAAUCCAAACACCGUUCAAAAAUGAUUGGAAUGCAAUUAUACGUGGUUUUGCAAGAAGUAAUGAGCCUAAAAUUGCUGUAACUUAUUACCAGAACAUGUUUCGUAAAGCCAAGAAUCUGGACGCAUUAACUUGUUCUUUCUCUCUUCAAGCUUGUUCACGAUUUUUAGGUGUUUUUGAAGCUAAACAGAUUCAUUCCCAUAUUGUGAGGUUUGGGUUUACUGCUGAUGAUCGUCUGGUUACGACAUUGUUAGAUGUUUAUGCGAAAUCAAAUGAUUUAAGUUCUGCGCGGAAGCUGUUUGGUGAAAUGCCAAGAACAGAUCGGGCUUCUUGGAAUGCUUUGAUUGCUGGGUUGGCCCAAGGUGAUCAACCCAAAGAAGCAUUGGGUCUGUUCAAGAGGAUGAAGACCGAAGGGUUGAGACCCGACGAAAUUACUGUUCUUGGUGCUAUCUCAGCUUGUUCGCAAUUAGGCUCAUUACCCGAAGGUGAAACAGUUCAUUCAUACAUAAAGGAAUCGAAUUUAGACAAAAAUGUGCAAGUAUGCAACGCACUUAUAGAUAUGUAUUACAAGUGCGGAUCUGUAGAUAAAGCAUGCGAUGUUUUCCGUUCAAUGGGUUGCAGGAAAAGUUUAGUUUCUUGGAACUCUAUGAUUAUGGGUCUUGGAAUGCACGGUCAUGGCUCCGAUGCAUUGAAGCUCUUCAAUGAGAUGAGUCAGGAUGGAAUUCCAGCAGAUGCAAUAACAUAUCUUUCUGCACUUUGUGCAUGUAAUCAUGCAGGAUUAGUUUCAGAAGGUCUAUCUAUAUUCAAAUCCAUGGAAAGUUCCGGUGUAAAACCUAAUGUGAAACAUUAUGGUAGUGUGGCUGAUUUGCUUGGCCGAGCUGGAAGAGUUAAGGAAGCUUACGAGAUCAUAAAGUCGAUGCCAUCCAAACCCGACAUUGUUCUCUGGCAAACUUUGCUGGGAGCUUGUAAAACUUACGGAGAAGUUGAGCUAGCUGAAAUUGCAUCUCGGGAAUUAGUAGAAUUGGGUUCACAUAGUUGCGGUGAUUUCGUCCUGUUAUCAAAUACUUACGCUGCUCAUGAAAGAUGGGAUGAUGUCGGAAAAGUAAGAGAAGCAAUGAAAAGCAAAGCUGUAAAGAAAAUCCCUGGUUUCAGUUUCAUAACAGUUAAAGGGUCAAUACAUAAAUUCAUUAAUGGCGAUCAAGAUCAUCCAGAUUGGAAAGACAUUUAUAAGAAGAUAGAUGAAAUUAGUUUGAGGAUGAACGGUAUGGGGUAUGCAGCAGAAACUAGUUUUGUUUUACAUGAUAUUGGUGAAGAAGAGAAGGAAAAUGUAUUAUGGUAUCACAGUGAGAGAUUAGCUGUUGCUUAUGGAUUGAUUAGUGGUGGUGGUGGUGAUGGUAAACCGAUCCAAGUUAAUAAGAAUCUUAGAAUAUGUGUGGAUUGUCACGUAGCGAUUAAAUUGAUUUCUAAGAUUUAUAACCGUGAAAUAAUUGUAAGAGAUAGAGCUAGAUUUCACCAUUUUAAAGAUGGGACUUGCUCUUGUGGUGAUUACUGGUGAAGAUUUGUUUGGAAUUUAUGUUUGGUAAUGUUUGUGAACAGGAAAAUUAGCGGACGAUAUGAUUGAUUGAGAUUCAAGUUCUGCCUCCUGAAUCCCUCUACCUGUCUUGUUAUCUAGAAUAGAACCUCUUCCUGAAUCCCUGAGAAUGGAAGCUCUUCCCAGAUCCCUGAGAAACGAAACUCUUCCAGAAAUCCG